GCAUGGUGCAGGUUUCUAUUUUCUUCUAUUCUGGCAAUUUUCUAGUUGGUAAUAAACAUUUAAACAAUUAUCCAUUGUAUUUGAUGUUGUAGGGUAUCACAAAAUAUAAAUAUUAGGAAAAGUAGGUGAUAUAUUAGUGGUUAUUAGCCACAGGUUAGCGAUGAUUCUUAUUUCUCCCACAAUGCAUUGCAUGACGUCACAUAAGGUACUCCUCGCUUUUGGACGACAGCCGAAGCCGCUAGUGAGAGAGAGACAGUGUCAGAUUAUAUAAGUAAAUACAUAAAUAGAGAUAGCCUAGAUAUAGAUAGAUCGAUCGAUAGAUAGAAUAGCAUAACAUCGAUAGAUAGAUAGAAUAGCAUAACAUCGAUAGAUAGUGAGGGAUAGCAUAGCAUAACAUAACAUAACAUAGAUAGAUAGUGAGGGAUAGCAUAGCAUAGCAUAGCAUAACAUAUAUAUAGAUAGAGAGAGAGAGUAGAUAUAUAAGUAGAUAACAUGGUUUUCUACUGUAUUUGUGGCGGGUGCAACAACUACAGCAAAAGUGGACAUAGGGUACAUUGCUUCCCCAAGGACAAAGGGAUUCUCCGAAGCUGGGUGCAAUUUGUCAAGGUUAGGCGGGCAGAUUUUUCAGCUAGCUCUGUUACCGCGUACUCCAGAAUAUGCAGCGCGCAUUUCAAGGAGGAGGAUUACCACUCAGGGGAUGCCAAGAUGGUCUCACUUGGUUUAAAGAGUAAGAGGACGGCGAAGUUAAUUCCUACCGCCGUGCCGUCUGUGCAUGCAAACCACUCUGCCUGCCCUGUCCCGAGGUCGAGAGACACCGUCUGCCGCAAGCGAGAGAUUGCCACGAUGUUGACAGACGCCUCACAGCAGGAGACCGUGCACAGUGUAGACACUGUGGAGAGUGUCGAUACUGGGGAUCAGCCCUUGCCCUCCUCCACUUCUGAUGCUGGGACACAAUGUUAUUUGAAGCCCCCCCGAUGGUCUCACGCUGUGCAGGUUAACCUGAAGCCCAAGAUGGUUAGCGUGGGCACACAGACUUCAAUCAGCCCACAAACCUCCACUCCCCUCGCUAGUCCUGAACAGACAGUUGACGACGAUGAUGAUGAUAAUGCCACUGUCAUCAGUGACUUGUCGUGGGUGCCCGAAGAGCCGAUGGAUGAGGAGGAAUUGUUUGAUGAGGAGCCACCUUACACGUGUGACCCCCACCACAAUUGCAUUGACAAAUUCAUUGUUUGCCAAGAGGAGCUGAUGGGCCUUUUUGCCAUCUGUCCGGCCUGUUGUGAGAGGUCGGAUAGGAGCAUCGUGCAGCAGGAAGGAACUUUUGUUAAGAUCAAGCAGGUCUGUGCAUCAUGUGGCUACCACCGUUUCUGGCAAAACCAGCCAAUGCUCCACAGGAACAUGCCAACCUGCAACCUCCUGUUAAGUGGGGCCAUUCAUUUUACUGGAUGUUUGGCCACACAGACACUAAGAAUGUUGACCCUGUUUGGCCUGCAGUGCAUCAGUGCGAGCAGUUUCUUUCGCCAUCAGCGCCGCUACACCAUCCCAGUAAUCGUUCAGGCCUGGCAGAAUGAUCAAGCCAAGAAUUUUAGUGACCUACGGGCAAUGGAUGGCGGGCUAGUUCUUGCUGGUGACUGCAGGUCAGAUUCUCCUGGGCACUGCGCAAAGUAUGGGUCAUACUCUCUGAUAGAGGACAGAGUGAACAAGGUGGUGGAUGUUCAGCUUGUUCAGAGCUCAGAGGUCCCCAACAGCUCAUGGUGUGAGCUUGAAGGGCUCAAGCGCAGUGUUGGCCUGCUGAGGGGAAACGACCUGCAUUUGGCAACGCUGAUCACGGACCGACAUCGCCAGGUUGCCAAAUGGGUGAGAGAGGAGCUGAUCCCUGAAGGGACACAGCAUUAUUUUGACGUGUGGCACAUUGCAAAAAGUCUGGGGAAGGCAUUGGAUGCAGCAUCCAAAGAGUGUGACCAACUACAGUUGUGGAGGCCAGCUAUAGUGAAUCACCUCUAUUGGACUGCAGCCUCAACCCCAGAUGGCAACCCAGCGGUCAUGGAGGCCAAAUGGAGAAGUUUAGUGAACCACAUCCAGGACAUCCAUGACCAUGACACCCCUGCCUUCUCCAGUUGUGCCCAUGGCCCUCUAGACGAAGAUCAGCGCAACAAAGAGUGGCUGGACCCAGGCUCAUUGGCAGCAGUCAAGUUGGAGAACAUAAUGAUGAGGGCUGCCUUGCUGAAAGAUGUUCGUCAGCUGUCUCCACAGCACCAGACCUUCUCCCUUGAGGCUUACCACUCCCUCAUCUUGCACUUCGCGCCCAAGCACACAGGGUUUUCAUACCUUGGGAUGUAUAGCAGGCUUCUCUUAGCGGCGCUGCAUUAUAAUCACAAUGCCAAUCGCGAGACAGCACGGAGAAGUGACGGGACGGAGAAGUACUGCGUGCGGUAUCCGCGCUUCAGAAAAGGUGCCCAUGUGGUGCGUCCCAUCAAAGAGGCAGCCUCAUACGGUUAUGCAACAUCAUUAAUGAAGGCCCUUCGGGAGAGCUACGACAAUUCACCCGCGGUUCUUCGAGAGGUUGGCGCCAAUUUGUCCUCCGAUGCACCCGCCCCCAUCGCCAAAUCCUUCGAACAGAUUCCUAAGGAGGAGGCCAUCAGCCUCUACCUAGCCCGGCAGUCACGCUUCAAGAAAACCUAAUUUCACAUUAUUAUUUUUUUCCACGGACAAGUCCAAUGAUUUAGUUGUUAUUAUUUGCAUGAAAUUUCUUUGUAUAUAAUUCAAAAUAAUUUGGUAAUCAUUUUACCUGUGCCUUGUCAACCUCUGUGUGCGGUGUUGUCUGGGCUCACUGUGUGUCUGCUUGAUGUGCUUUUGCAUGUAUCACUGCAUGUAUGCAUGCAUGAAAUAGUGUGUGUGUGUGUGUGUGUGAGAGAAAAAGAGAACCAUCAACUGACCCUCGGGUAUGACUACACUAUUGCAGAAUUAAUUAGAAUUAGAAUUAAACAUUGCGGGUCUAGCCCUUCAUCAGUGUUCCUUGUAUGUUUUGUGCCUAACCAUUUUUUUAAUAUAGAUUUAAUUCCAACCUGUGUCUUUGUUCAGUAACCAUUACAAGCAAUGCCAAUCAACUUUUUUUUUAUCCAAAAUGCAUGUGUUCUGUGUACUUAUAACAUUUUAAGGGCAAUUGAAUGAUCACAACAGAAUAAGCAUAACUUAUUUUUAUUCAUUUUCAUCCAAACAAGAUGGUUGAAACCACACAAGAGGGUAGAGGCUUCCUUAUACUCCUCCCUAAAACGCCAUAAGCCCAGCGUAUAGCUUGCCUGUACGCAGUGUACCGGUAUUGCCUAGGGAUAAGUAGGAAAGAUUCUUACGUUUAAAACUCUGUAAGUGGGUUGGAAACGUCAUUUUAAGCCUGUUUCUUAUGCAUGUUUAUUGUGUAUGCAACAAAUCUCCUGUCACCUAUAACUUGGUUCAAAUGACUCAGUGUAAAAAGAUUUGUAAAGUAAACAUAAACCAUGAACAUACUCGUGCGUGCUGGCUUGAAGGGGACCAUGAUCCUGCCUGAAGUGUGUGUAUGCUAUUUUUAGCACAAACGGAUUCAGGCAUCAUGCCUCAAAUCCCGGAUGCUGCGUAAGGCACGUUACAUCUGCUGGCCG